AUGUCUCUCAAGAUCGCCGUCAUCGCCUGCGUCGCCGUCAUGGCCUUCGCUGACCAGUCCCCGUACCCCGCCCCCCCUGCCUACGCUCCCCCCGCCCCCUACCACCCCCCACCCAAGGGAUACCCCGCAGAGCCCGAAUACCCUGAUGUAAGUAUAAAAAAAAAAAAAAUAUCAUGUGGAUCACAUUCACAAUUUCGUUCUCUUUGCCUCCCUCAGGUUCCCCCCAAGUACAACUACAACUACGGUGUCGCCGACGGAUACUCCGGCGCCAACUUCGCUGCCUCGGAGUCCCGCGACGGCUACAAGACCGAGGGCAGCUACACCGUCGACCUCCCCGACGGCCGCAAGCAGAUCGUCACAUAUGUGGACAACGGCGAUGGUCUUGUAGCUGAGGUCACCUACGAGGGCGAGGCUCAGUACCCCGAGUACACCCCCACCUACAAGCCCGCUCCCCCCGCCUACAAGCCCGCUCCCCCCACCUACGCCUAAGAACCACCUUGUAGCUUGAGGUUCAAGACUUCGAUUGUCAUCCCUUAAGAGAACAGAGACUAUUUUGUUAUCUUAUUUAUUGUGCCAUCCAUAGAAUGUGCUAAUAAAUAUUUUAUAUAUAACUCUA